AUGUUGUUGGCGAAAUCAAACAAUCCAGUAGCCGUCUUGGUUGGCAGUCCAAUCAGUCCUUUACCAAGACCUUUGAAGAAACCUGCCGUUCCUUCCUGGUUAGCUCCCUCGAUCGGAGCUGUUGCAAUACCAGAAAUACCAGAAGAUAUACCUUCCACCAAAGACGUGGCUCCGGACGUGAAUCCUACGGAUAUUCUCCAGGAACAACGACCCCAAACGAACUGGAGCGUCGUUGAUGUUUCCAAUGGCCAUUGUCAGGAUAUUGAGCAUCACAGCAAGAGCGUUCUGGGCCUCGGCGGUGUCCUGGGCGUUGAUGCGUUCGGUUCUCACAAACGAAAGAUUGAAUUGCAGCGGUUGCAAGUGCAAAACCUCGAAGUAAAGAUCGUUUCCAGAACGAACCGUUGGAGGCUCUGGAAUCUGCAGAUUCUCGUCCCAAAGAACGUUGCGAACAGACUUGUUCCAGGAAGCACCAGGGAAUUUCGAAAAGUCCAACAAUGCGAACAAGAAGUCCUCGUCAACCUCGAUAGACAUCUCCUGCAACAGCAUGGUGGCAUACUUGAUGUAAUUGACACCAUGGGUCUCGUCCUUUAG